ACCGUAAUCUAAAAUUUCAUUCUUACAAUCCGCACACUGUACCGAAAUUGAAAUUAAGUGAUCGGGAUGUUUCGGACUAGUUUCCGUAAAUUCCAACAGUUAACCUGUCAAACUCAGUCACUGGUGCAGCGCUCUAAGGCGAAAUACAGCAGACAACUUCCUAGGUCACUAGCUAGAACGAUGGCAUCCGGUACAGUUACGAUGUCCAGAGACAACGAGGACUUGGCCAGAUCGUUUCUUAAGUUGAAAAAAAUUGAUGUCAAUAUAUACAGAGCUUCAUCUAAGAGCCUUUGGCGGCCAGUUGGGUCUAGGUUUGUUUUCGGUGGACAGGUAGUUGGCCAGGCUUUAACUGCAGCAUUCAACACAGUGGCAGAUGAACUUUUAUUACACAGUCUUCACUGCUACUUUUUAAGGGGAGGUAAUAAUGAAAAACCCAUUCUGUACCAUGUGGAUCGGACAAGGGAUGGUAAGACCUAUACAAGUCGUAACAUCAAGGCCACACAGGAAGGAAUCCCUAUUUUCACAAUGCAAGCCUCUUUUAAAGUAGAGGAAACAGAUCCAUUGGAACAUCAGUUUAAAAUGCCUGUUGUUCCUGACCCUGAAGAAUUAAUUAGUUCUAGAGACUAUAUGAAAAACAGGCUAGAAACUGAGGAGAUGUCAGAUUCAGAGAGACUAUUAAUUAGUGAAUAUCUCACACAGUCCCUUCAUAUAGAGUCCCGUCCUAUAGAUCCACAGCUUUAUCAUGGACAGAAACAGGGGGAAGCCCGCCGCUAUGUUUGGGUCAGAGCCAUUGAAAAUAUAGGAGAUAACAUGCAGCUUCAGCAGUGUGUGGCGGGAUUUAUCUCAGAUCUGGCUUUGUUAGGGGCUGCCAAGCAACCAGCUCCAGUCGGGCACCAGCUAGGCUUCAUUACUUCUUUAGACCACAGUAUGUGGUUUCAUAAUACAUUUAGAGCUGAAGAGUGGAUGCUGUAUGAAAUAGAAAGUCCUCAAUGUGGUAAAGGUAAAGCCUUAGCUCUGGGUCGUAUAUGGAGGAGAGACGGUGUACUAGCAGUAUCAAUGGCACAAGAAGGAGUAUUGAGAUCAAAGAUUUGAUUAGUGCAUUAUAAAUCUAAUUUAUUUCCUUAGCAUGUGGGGCAUUAAAUCAUUAUUAUUAGAUUUAUGUUUGAUUGAGUGACUUAGUUUAUGAUAGUUAUUGUGAAUGUGAUGUGAAUAUUUUAACAUUUUGCUCU